AUGGUUUCCGAGUUGGACCUGAAGCAUCUGUCGAAAGUCGACCUGGAGGAGAAGUUGGAUAACGUCACUACUCAGGUCCUGAAGUAUAAGAUCACCAACGGUAUUGUGAAGGACGAGGGAUCUGUGGCGCAGUUUCGUGGGGAUCUACCAAUGCCUACGCACGCCGCAAUGAUCGUCAGCGACGUGGAAGGCUUUCGGAAGAGCCAUGUUGCCUAUUUCGGCGCCGCCAAGGACACGCGGGAUGGAUCUUUCGUCGCCGACACAGAAAACAACCUCGACAUCGGUAUCAAACAACCCGGCGCCUUUCGGCACUCUUCUUUCCUCCGCGGCUCCCGAAUCUCCGCCGCGGGAUUGAUAACGGUCAAAGAUGGCCAGUUGCGCAUUCUGUAG